UAAUUUUCUUUCAUUCAAUCAUUCAUUAAUUUGAACGUUAUUUUGUUUUUCUUCUAUUUCUAUUUAAUAUUUAAUUAGAAUAAUUAUACAAAGUAUAUCAAUCUUUAUUAAAGAUUCUUUUAAUACAUUUGUAAACCGGUCCAUUUGUAAUAAGAGAAUGUCGGGAACUGAAUCUCUCGCUUCAUUUACAGGGAACGGUACAUACAAAGCUAUAAAUCCUAUAGUGUCGCACGUUGGAGAUUUUACGAAGUUUUAUAUUGCGAUUGCUAUUUGCUCCGUGAUACUGGGAUUCCUUCUCAUCCUAAACGUAGUAUGCUGUUGUUCUAGAUACUCUGAGUACUGGCUAGACAGGCACACAGGAAACCGUUGGAUUGUGUCCAUUUGGUCCACAACACCUCAUAAGCAACCUCCACUUGAUUUGACCGAAUUGGAUAUACAGUACAGAUCUGUACAGUAUGUUAAGCCAUUCAUAAGCGAGUACCACGAGACCGAAGUCCCACCGUCCAUAUCCCACCAGCCUUUGACAACAUCGCAAGAAUAUUUAGAGCUGCACAAACGAGAGAGUGACAUUUAAAUAUGGCCUUCCUCAUGUUGUACCCUGCUGUAGCAGUACUUUCCCUUUUUGUUCUCUUGGUCAUUUUAUUAAUACUCAGAUUUGGGUAUUUGUG